UAUAGUGGUGACGUCGAUGGAGUAGUUCCUGUUACCGGAACUAUGUAUUGGUUUAAUAAAUUGCAGAAAGAAUUAUGUAUCAUAUUAAUAUUUAUUGUAUCAGCUUUGUUAAUUUAAACCUUUGGAGGCCUUGGUUUGUACCAGGAAAGAGAGAUGUUGAUGGAAAUUAAAAUGAUGGGUAAGUGGUAGAUUUGGAUGGUUUAACAUUUAUGAGGAUUAGAAAUGCAGGUCACAUGGUACCUCUAGAUAAAAGAGAAGAAGCAGAAAUAUUUAUAGCUAAGUUUGUAAAGCAUUUAUUCCCAA